AUGGCCACGCCACCCUUGCUGCCCAUCACAAUACAGGCGGUUGUGAUGAGCGUGGUGUCCAGCCUAAUCGCGCAGCUGCUAGCCGCCUACCAGAAUAAGACUCCGCUGGCGUCUGCUUUUGACGUGGAGGCGAUCAUCAAGUUCGUUGUCUUUGCCUUCGUCAUGACACCGCCAAACGUUCUCUGGCAAACCUUCCUCGAGAGCUCGCUUCCCGGGUCGCGCAAGGCCCCCGCCAGCAACGACAAAAGCGAUAAGCUGCCCAAAGAGUCGCUCAACAUUAAAAACACAAUCGCCAAGACCCUGCUGGACCAAUCGCUCGGCUCGAGCGUCAACACCUUUUUGUUUUGUUCCUUUAUGGCCGCGUGGGACGUGCUCGUAACGCAGGGCCAGUUCUCGGCAACGGCCACGGCACCGGCAACGGCUGCCAGCCUCGUGGGCACCGCUGUCGUGAACCGCGUCCGCACGGACUUUGUUCCGUUUAUGAAGGCCGGCUGGCGCUUCUGGCCGUGGGUGAGUCUGGGCAACUUUGCGCUGGUGCCGGACGUGGCGACGCGCAACCUCGUGGGCGGCCUGGCGGGCAUCGUGUGGGGCGUGUACGUGAACCUGUUUGCGGCCGGGUCGCCGCCGGCUUUGAAGGAGGAGUAG